GAACAAAUUGUAUGUACGAUCUGUACGCUGAUCAUCUACAUGAGCACUUUCCUCUGGAUAUACAUGCUGCCUCGGGGGGAACGAUCUGCUAUUUUAAGCUGAUUGCAUCCGUGGGCCAUCUUAUUCGUCUUUCAAUAGUAUUCCUUCAGAUUGAAGCAGAUAACUGCAUCACUGACUCAUUAACCAUUUAUGACUCUCUGAUGCCAAUCAAACAUAAGAUACUGUACCGAGUUUGUGAACCAGCCGAUUCAUUGGUGUCACUUGUGUCCACAAAUAACCUCAUGCUGGUAAUGUUUAAGGCAGCACAAAUAAAGGAAUGGAAGGGAUUCCAUGGAUAUUUUGAAGUCAUUACACAAGAAAGGUGUGGAAAAGCAAUAGUGACAAAAGAGAAAAUUGGCUAUGAAGGGAGAAUCACAAGUCCCUAUUACCCAAGCUAUUAUCCUCCAGAAUGUCUCUGUGCAUGGAACUUCCAGACUCCACAGAAGAGCCUUGGUAUAGCUCUGAAGUUUCAUAACUAUACCAUCAGUGAGAAGAAUAUUAAAGGCUGUGAGCGAGGAUGGUGGAAAAUUAACGAACACAUGUACUGCGGUUACUAUGUUGAUCACCAAACAGUCUUCCACAUUGCAAGUUCUGCUGUCAAUGUUGAGCUUCAGUGCAGUUCGAAGGUCUCAGAGAAGCCGCUUCUGGUGGAGUAUGGCAGCUAUAACAUCAGCCAGCCAUGUCCACCUGGACAUUUCAAGUGUUCUACUGGCUUAUGCAUCCAGCAGAUGCAGCGCUGUGAUGGGAUAAACAACUGCUUUGAUGAAAGCGAUGAACUCUUUUGUGUUGUCCCUGAGUGGAACUGUAACUCCAGCUUCGCAAUACAGGACAACCUGCUUGCCUGCAAUGGAGUAAGUGAUUGUGAGAAUGGAGAUGAUGAGCAGAACUGCACCCACAGUAUUCCUUGCACCAACCACACAUUUAAAUGCAGGAAUAACAUUUGCAUUAGGAAACAAAAUGCAAAGUGUGAUGGGACUGUGGACUGUAUUGAUGGAAGUGAUGAAAGCAGCUGCAGUUGCGGCAGCAGCAAGAGCAGCAAUCCCAUCUCUCGGAUUGUAGGUGGCACGAACACUGAGGAAGGUGAAUGGCCCUGGCAGGUCAGCCUCCAUUUUGUGGGAGCUGCUUACUGUGGGGCAUCAGUGAUAUCGAAAGAAUGGCUUGUAUCUGCAGCUCACUGCUUUCAAGGGAGCAAGCUGGCUGAUCCCAGAGCAUGGCAUGCUCACCUGGGCAUGCAAACACAAGGCCGUGCAAAGUUUGUAUCUGCGGUGAGACGGAUCAUUGUCCAUGAAUACUACAACAGCAGGAACUACGACUAUGACAUUGCGCUGCUGCAGCUGAGCAAGCCGUGGCCGGACACAAUGAGCCAUGUUAUCCAGCCCAUCUGUGUGCCUCCCUUUUCGCACAAAGUCCGCAGUGGUGACAAGUGCUGGGUAACAGGUUGGGGCCAAAAACAGGAAACAGGUGAGUUUUAUAGCUUCAAUCGACCUAAUUUUGUUCCCAG